GAAAUGAAAGUUUGUGAACAAUGAAACGUGUAACCGUGUAAUACAAAUGAACGCAGCCAUUAUUUGAAGAUUAAGUAGAGAUAGAUAUCCCUUAUGAACUGGAGUAACCCUUAUUUGGUUCAGAUAACGAGUAGUAUAUAUUCAGAUUGAAUAUACUUUGCAUCUGGUUACGUAAAUUAGAUUAAAUUUUGAUUGAACUUCAUUGUCAAGGUCACAGUUUUGUUGGUUUCGUGAAGGAUGAGCGUAGUUCCCGGACACUUCUAUGGGAAACCCAAAGAGGUGACGCAGGUGAAUCUGGUGGAGUCGAACCCCACUCCACUGGGCCACCAGCUGGUGAGUCAGAGGAGGACCAACCACAAGAGUGACCCACAUGACCUUGUUGCUCUGGCACAGUCUGUACAAACUGCGGGUGACUUUGUGACCGCAGGGGCCACCAACAAACUCCUGCUGAUCGCGGAGCAGAUCAAGUUCCUCCAGAUGCAGGCCCAGAAUGUUCUAGAAGAAGCGAAGAGAGACCAGCAGCUGCACUCUGCCGCGUGUAAUAUGAAGAAAGUGCCUGGAAACAUCUACUACCUCUAUGAGUCUCAAAAGACACAGAAGCCUCACUUCUCUCUUCUAUCACCGCAGGAAUGGGGUGAUUCUUGCCCUAAUAAGUUCCUGGGAGCUUACAAACUAGAGUACGACAUGUCAUGGACUCCGGCGGAUGAGAUGCUCUCCAAAUCAGAACCGCUCAACAAAAUGAUGUCAGCAGUCACAGCUUACACACAUUCACAGUCUACUUCUAGUGGAGAUAAUGGCGGGAGCAGUGGUAGCUCUGCUAAGAGUAUAUUGGCAUUGGCUGAUUCUUCGUGAAUUCAAUCAUAGUUUUGUAUUUUGACCCAAUGAUGUGACAAUUUGUUACCGGUGACAGUUCGUAAAAGGCAAUAGUUCGUAAAAAUAUAGCAGAACUGAUUCACACACACACUGUAUCACUCGUUCCGAAUGUAAGCGCAGCGGAGCAAGGUGUAGCUGCUUGACAUGGUUUUUGUACUAAUUUUCGUCUUUUACGAAUUGUGCCCAACCUUUUAAAUCCUGCUGUAGAUGGUUAUGAUAUAUUAAGUGUUGUAAAAAUUAUUUCAUAUAGCUAGCAUAGCAUAUCUUUGCGUUU